GUAGGAGUCUAAACAGGAAGUGUGGAAACGCAGCAGCAAGUAGCAUGAGUAGCACGCUGCGUUUUCACACAUGAGCCGCAGUCAUCGGUGUUACGACAUAUACAUGCCGCAGGACUGAGCCGCCAUGAUGGCAGCAGGCAGGCUGAGCUUCAGUAACAUCACCGCCCUGGCUCCGAUGGUCCGGGUGGGGACUCUGCCCAUGAGGCUGCUGGCUCUGGACUACGGAGCUGAUGUGGUUUACUGCGAGGAGCUGAUUGACAUCAAAAUGGCCCAGUGUCAGAGGGUGGUGAACGAGGUACUGGAGACGGUGGAUUUCGUAGCUCCAGAUGAUCGAGUGAUGUUCAGGACCUGUAAGAGGGAGACGGACAGAGUGGUCUUCCAGAUGGGAACUGCUGAUCCAGACAGAGCGUUGGCAGUAGCCCGACUUGUGGAGAAAGAUGUAGCUGCUAUCGAUGUGAAUAUGGGCUGUCCAAAGGAAUACUCCACUAAGGGUGGAAUGGGAGCUGCUCUCCUGUCAGAUCCUGACAAGAUUGAGGCUAUCCUUAAGAAACUUGUUACGGGAGUUUCCAUACCAGUGACGUGUAAAAUCCGAAUCCUGCCUUCGCUGGAGGAAACGAUCAGUCUGGUCCAGAGGAUUGAGAAGACUGGCGUCACAGCCGUCGCUGUUCAUGGCAGAUUUAAGGAGGAGCGACCCAGACAUCCUGUCCACUGUGAUUACAUUCAGGCUGUCGCUCAAGCCGUUUCUAUCCCUGUCAUCGCAAAUGGAGGAUCUCUGGAUCUGGUAAAGACCAACUCCGACAUCGAGGAGUUCAGGAAGGCGACAGGCACCUCGUCGGUCAUGUUGGCCCGCGCUGCCAUGUGGAACGCAUCAGUAUUUACCAGCCAAGGACCCCUUCCUGUGGAAAAGGUCAUGGAAGAAUAUCUUAAAUAUGCGAUCCAAUAUGACAACAAUGCCUUCAACACAAAGUACUGUCUGUGUCAGAUGCUGAGAGACAAGGUGGAGUCUCCUCUGGGGAAACAGGUGCAGGCGGCUCAGACCAAUGCAGAUAUCAGCGAGGCAUACGGGCUGCAGGAGUUUUACCAGCAAACUCUCGAGCAGCUGCAGGCCAGGAGAGGCGCCUUACAGAGCAGCAGCCAGCCAGAUCGACCCAUCAUGGAUGGAGACGUCACCACCAUGGCUGUGAAGUUUGAACGGAGGGAGUAUCCACCUCAGAUCACUCCAAAGAUGUUUCUGCUGGAGUGGAGCCGCAAGGAGAAACUGGAGCAACCACAGUAUGAGACAGUGCAGCGUUCUCAGGAUCGAGCCUUUCAGUCCACUGUGACUGUAGCAGAGAAGAAGUACAGAUCUUCACUGUGGGAGAAAUCAAAGAAAUUUGCAGAACAAGCAGCUGCCAUCGUCUGCUUGCGAAUUCUGGGAAUACCAGAAGGCCGUAUUGGUGAGGAAGACUCUGGCCUGGUCUGCAAGAGGAAGAGGGAGGGGAGGAUGAAUGGCACCACAGAGGAAGACAGGAGCAAGAAACGACAUGUGGCUGACAUCCUGCAUUCAACAGAAACCUCAGAGCCCACGGUGGUGACCAAUGGUGACGGUCACAAACCAACCACAAAUGAAAAACCGCCAGAGAGUCCAGAACAGUUGACUCUUUAAACAGGAAGAGAAGACUGGACCUGCGAGAGCAAUUCAAGCUUCCACUGAGGCUGAUGUUAGUGAUAAAGAGCAGCAGUUAUUGGUCAUAUUAUCAUUUCAAGGUCAUUUUUAUUUAAUCUAAAAAUUAAGACUAAAUUCAGACACUCAGACAAAGUUGGAAGCUGCCUUUUAAGUCUCUGGACUUUUUUUUGCCAUGGCUUCAGUCAAACUGGAAUCUGUUCAGAGCCAAUUAGCUGUAAGAGUCAAAGUUCACCUUGUAGUUUCUUUAUUUUAUAAACAUAUCAUUUUAAUGAAUAUGAGUGGUGAGGAGGUUCAAAUGUGGAUUUGCAGUCAGUAGGGCUUUAUGUUGAAGGGUCGUCAUAUCAGGUAUUUCAGAGAAGAGCGGGAAUUGUAACCCUGGUGCCUUACAGAGCAACUUGUGUUUUUUUUAAAAUCAUGAUUCUGAAAGAGCCGUAAAUUCAGUAUUUGUGUCGAGAUGUAUAAUAUGGUGCCAUAUGUUUGUAUGUGUACUUGUGUUGGUUCCUUAUUUCUUUAAGUUUUCUUGUUAAAAAUCUUCCAAAUCCUCAA